GAGAACAGUUCACUUAAAAGCAGCUGCAGUGCUUUUGUGUGGUACCUGUCAGAAUCAUUCCCACAGCGAGGUUGGGCUUGUGACCAUGAUGUCAAGAUUGGUCUUUCUCCUUUUCUGUGGAUAUAUUGCACUAAACCUGGGAAAUGCUCAGAAAUUGCCAAGAGUAAAAAGGCAGAGUCUGAAAGUUCAGAUCAAUGCAACAGAUGACACCAUUUGCAUGAGGUAUCUCCGACCAAGUCAAAACACCAAACUAGAAGGUUUUGUCCUGGGUUAUGGAAGCAACUUCUUCUCUAAUCAGUACAUUCCUUUACCAUCGGAUGGAAAAAGCUCCAUAACAGAACUUGAUGCAGAGCCACGGUACUUGAUUUCAGUAAGACCAGCACGCAUUUCAAAUAAGAAGUCUUGUUCAGGUCGGACCAAGACCCAAAAGCCUCUGCAGCUGGUAGUUGGCACUCUCACCCCAACCUCUGUGUUCCUCUCUUGGGGCAUCCUAGUCAACCCUCAACAUGACUGGACAGCAACAAGUAGCUGUGCUAGUGACAGGUUCUAUACAGUUCGCUACAGAGAAAAGGGUAAAGACAAGAAAUGGGUUUUUCAGCUUUGCCCAGUUACAGAGACGGUAGUGGACAAUCUGAAGCCAAACACACUUUAUGAAUUUGGAGUUAAAGACAACGUAGAGGAUAGCAUUUGGAGCAAGACUUUCAAUCAUAAGACAGUUCUGUCUAAUAAAAAAAUAAAUGGACAACUCCAGAAUAUGUACAAGUUGGUACCUAAUGCCCAAACACAGCUUACACUGCGUGAUAAUAAGAAGUUGGUCCCUGUUACAAUAAUCAAACAAGUUAUUCAAAAUCGGACACAGUCAAAAACUUCAGAUAGUUCUUCUCUGCCAGGAGCAAUAUUAGUGCACCUUAUUGUUCCAGGUCUCAAUGAAACUCAGCAGAAACUUCCUCCUUUCCUGACAAUAGAUGACAUACCGCAAGCUUCCAGGAAAAAAAUAGCUAAGAAUGAAACUCAAGUAUGGCCUGCUGAAUCCAAAACACCAGUAGUUCAAGAAAUCUCCCCACAGUCCCUACCAGCUCAGGCUGAGAAAAAACAUGGACCUGAGGAAUAUAAAUCAACGCCUAAACCCGAAUUGGUACAAACUCAAAACAUACUGGCUUCUAAUGAAAUACAGCCACUUCCUUCUGGACCCAGAAUCUAUGAUGCUCCAAAAAGUCCAUUGACAGAACUUGCUACUCAGCAUCCAGCCUUGAAAUCCAUAUCUCUACCUUCUGCAGAAACCAGAGAGAUGGAGAUGGCUUUUGAGGAAACACAGCCUGUUUCUUCAGGAUCCAAAACAUCUGGUACCACAGAAGUGCAACCAACCAGAUCUGAUUUAGGUGAAAGGAAGCCUCUUUCUUCAAGAUCCACAACAUCUGGCAUGCCAGAAAUGCCACCAAUCUCAGCUGCAAGCCAGAGGCCGGACCUGGAAUCCACCUCGUCUGCUUCACCGGAAACCACAAGGACUGUGAUGGCUACUCGAAGACCAAGGCUGAAGUCCACCACUCCUUCCUCCCCGGCAACCCAGCGAACCGUGAUGGCCUCACAUGAAUUUCAUCAUGUUACUUCCACUCCCCAAACAUCUACAUCUGCAGAAAUGUCAGAGCAAGAGACUGCUACCCAGGGACCAGGUCUGGAAUUCACAUCUCAACCAUCCAUGGAAACCAGAGGGAGUGUGAUGGCUUUUGAUGAAAAGCAGCACACUUCUUCAAGCUCUGAAACACCUGGCAUCCAAGAAAUGCCAUCAGCUGUACCUGCUUUCCCAAGACCAGCCCUGAAGCCCUCAUCUGUUCCUUCUCGGGAAACCACGAGGACAGUGAUGGUUACUCAGAGACCAAAGCUGAAAUCUACUUCUCCUUACCUUGCAAGCCGAAGAACAGUGGAGGCAAGCCAGAGGCCGGACCUGGAAUCCACCUCGUCUGCUUCACCGGAAACCACAAGGACUGUGAUGGCUACUCGAAGACCAAGGCUGAAGUCCACCACUCCUUCCUCCCCGGCAACCCAGCGAACCGUGAUGGCUUCAUUGGACUCUCAUCAUUUUACUUUCCCUUCCCAAACAUCUGCAUCUGCAGAAAUAUUAGAAAUCGAGACUGUUACAAGUUCAACUGACCUGGAAAAAUCUAUGCCUCCACUUCGCGGAACAGCUCAUGUGCUAACAACAACUAUGGAUUUCAGUGGUAUUCAGCCUGUUCUUUCAAGCCCUGUGACACCUAAUAAGCCUGAAAUAGCAGAUGCUGAACCAGCAACAAGUGAAUUCAUUCUGGAAUCUUUCACAUCUAAAACUUCUCAUCCUUUUCAAUGGCCAAGGGUAACAUUAGCUCCAAAAGAAAUACCACUUAUUCCUUCUAAACUGAAACCAUCUGCUUCCCCAGAAGUACAGCAUGUGAAACCUGCCCCUAAACCACCACUUUUGGAGCCUAAAACUUCUCAGACUGUUGAACAACCAAAAGCAACACUAGCUCCUAAAGAAGCAAAACUCAAACCUUCUGCAUCUAAACAUAGACCAUCUGCCAGACCCAAAAAGCCACGAACUAAACCUGCAGCAACCAUUCCAGUUUCAGUCACUGCUAAGAGUCCCUACGCAUAUGAACAUCCAAAGACUACAGAGGUCUUGGAACCUAUUACACUUAGAAUUGAACCACCAAGGUCAACGAUAGCUCCAAAGGAGACUCAGCGUAUUCCUUCUAAACCUAAAACUUCACCCAAACCUCAUAUUCCACAAAUCAAAGAUGUCCUGGAAUCUGUAACACUUAGAACUGAUCAACUAAAACCAACAAUAGUUCCAAAAGAAACACAGCGUGUUCCCUCUAAACCUAGAACAACACCAAGCUCAGAGGUGUCACAAACCAAGCCUGUUCUGGAACCAAUUACUUCUAGAACUGAGAAACCGAAGUCAACAGUAGCUCCUAAAGAUACACGUCAUGGGCCUUCCAGACCUAAAACACCACCCAGUCCACGUGUUCCUCCAACUAGAGCAAGUCCAAAAGAAAGCAGACGAGUCUCUUCCAAGCCCAGAGCAUCACCAAGUCCAGAUGUACCACACACAAAACCUGCUCCUAAAGAACCACAACAUACUCCCUUUAAACCUAAAGCACCUCCCAUCCCAGAUGCUCCACGCAGCAAGCCCGAAAUCAUUCCAACCUUCUUCCAUGAACCAGAUACUACUAUGAUUCCUCAUAUUCCUGAAAGAACAAAGGCAACAUUGGCUCCAACUGAAAAACAGUUCAUUCAUACCAAAUCAAAAACAUCUGAAAAAUCAAGACUGCCACACACCAAACCUGCAAUCCAUCAGACAACUCCACAACCAAUUAUUACAAAAUCUUCUACUAUCACUGAGCAUUGGGCAACAAUGGCUCCAAAAGAAACACUGCUCAUUCCUUCCAAAACCAAAACAUCUGUCGGGCCAGAAGUACCACAGACUAAACCUGCUCCAAGGGCAACACACCUGGGAUCAAUUAACCUUAUAACAGUUCAUGUUGUUGAUGGGUCCAAAAUGACUUUGGUUCCAAAUGAAACGUACCAGAUUUCACCGAAGCCCAAAGCUCCUCUAGCAACUGAAACUCCACAAUUCAGUACAGCACCUCAUAAAACACGUCUCACUUCUGCAAGACCAAAGCCAUCUGAUAAAUCACAGAUCAGACCUGCUCUUAGUAAGACCACACCAGCACCACCUAGAACAAAAGCACCUGGACUGCCAAAGUGGAUUGUGCCAACAACAGAUGAAGUAUAUACACCUGAGGAUAUUGCUGGACAAAUAAGCAUGGAUAUAGAAAAAGUUUUGGAAUACAGCGAUACCUGGGAAAAGCCAUUUUCUGUAACUACGUCACCUGGCCCUCAGCAUCCUCCUCUACCUCCUGUCAGGCCUACACAAAUGCGAAGAAGACCUUUGCCUCCAAACACUGUGACUGGUAAACCAGGGAGUCCAGCUAAACCUGCUGGACCAACAACACCUGUGAGGACAGGAACAUCAUAUAAGACACCAACAGCUUUUGCAACUCCAGAUUAUUAUGUUGAUGCAACUGUCUUCAGCUCAAGUCCUACAUCAGAAACAGAUUCUUCAGGCAAACCAAGGUACCAAGCCCCCCACGUCAAGUACAUGAAGAAAGAUGAUGAUGUGCCCUGCUCUAUCACAAGCUCUCUUGAACAUUUUCCUCAAGAAGAACCUGGCAGCAAGGAAGAACCUACUCGUCCUCCACAGAAUCCUCCAACCAACCUCACGGUGGUGACUGUUGAGGGCUGUCCAACUUUCGUCAUAUUGGACUGGGAAAAGCCAGACAAUGACACUGUUACUGAGUAUGAGGUUGUGUCAACUGAAAAUGGAGCAAGUGAUGGUGAAAAGGAGAAAUCGAUUAUCACUACAAAUCAAACCCAUUCUACUGUGGAAAACCUAAAACCUGACACAAGUUAUGAAUUCCAUGUGAAACCUAGAAACCCUCUUGGUGAAGGUCCAAGUAGCAAUGUUGUGACAUUCAGUACUGAAUCAGCGGACCCAAGAGUGAGCGAGCCAAUUUCAAUGGGAAAGGAUGCCAUCUGGACUGAAAUCCCAUUCAAUUCGGACACUUAUUCAGAAUGCAAAGGGAAACAAUACGUAAAGAGGACUUGGUAUAAGAAGUUUGUAGGUGUGCAGCUGUGUAAUUCUUUGAGAUACAAGAUAUACCUCAGUGAUUCACUUACAGGAAAAUUUUAUAACAUAGGAGACCAGAGGGGCCAUGGAGAAGAUCACUGCCAAUUUGUAGACUCAUUCUUAGAUGGAAGGACAGGACAGCAAGAAGAUCUACCAGUCAAAGACGGAUUUUUCAGGGCGGUUCGUCAGGAACCUGUUAAAUUUGGAAAAAUAGGCGGGGAGACUCACAUUAACUACGUUCGCUGGUACGAGUGCGGAACAUCGAUACCUGGGAAAUGGUAGAGCCGACACGAACUUGGUGAAAAGGUCCAGCACCUGCCACCCCCACCACCCCUCAACUGCCCAACGCGGGCUCCAAGAUGGAAAUGUUUAUGGCGUGCCUGGCACUUCAGUUCACUGGCGUGCAAAGGUUUAUAGAAGUUUAAUGCCAAUACUGCAUUAAUUGUGUAAUAGUGUAGGCUGCUUACUGUAGUUAUCCAGUUUUACAAAUUUGUCGUUAGAUUACAAAAAAAUAGAUAUAUAUAAAAAUCCCCAACAAGCUAGGGACGUGUUGUAGGAUAAUGUAUAGGGAAGCUGGCUCCCUAUUCUUGAGGUAUGGUUUAUAUGGUAUUUUAAAAGAUACGGUGUGUAUAUUAUUUAUCACAAUGUUGUAAUAAAUGUUUAAGGCACAGUUAUGGCAGAGUUGGUCACGGAAUGCAGUGUGUGUUAGUUUUUAAAUAUUCACUGGUCUUCUUAUAACGUUAAGUGCCGUAAGCUACCUGUCCAGCUAGACCUGUAACGUCUCCCCACUCAUAAAUUAUAGAAAAGACCCUAUAAUUAUUCAUAUCCUGCAACCAGUAAACUUGAAGCGCAUUCUCCUUACGUGUAUGAAGAGUUUAUCCUUCCUGCCAAAACGCCGAGGCAGGGUGCUGUACCUGCAGCUUCAAACAAUCAGCUUAGUGGGGUUGGUUUGGUUUUUUUCCAUGUUUGUUUUCAAACGCUUCACCUCCAGCACAAGAGUCUGUUCAGCCCAUUGCUGCGGGGUUAGAGCCGCUGCCCCCGAGCCGGGCGGUGGUUUGGGGGUGGGUUUGGUUUCCUCCCAUGAAGGCAGACCCAGACAUACCCACAUGGCACCAAACAAGGGAACCACGGCUGGUCACAAAAAGGUGGUUUUCAGAGACUGAGACUUACUGGUUCAGAAGCCCAAUGUACAUACAGUGCAGGGAGACUUGGAAAAGAUAGAUGAAACCAGAAAAAAAAUAAAGCUAGUUAUAACAACAUAAUCAGGUUUAUUUUAUUUAAAUUAAAAAAUCAAAAAAAUCCCUAAAACAUGGUUCAUUGGGGCCAGAGGGGAAGUAGCAAUAACUGAACUUUAGAACUGCUUUACAGUAAUUUUGAUUAAAACCUCUCCCAAAGCUACUUGUUGUACUGCUUGAACAUUUAUGAACUAAAUAAAGAGAUGUAGGUUUUUUUUAAAGGUGUUAUUCAUUACAUUACUAAUGUAUUGAAAAAAUAUGAACAGGAACACCCAGAUAUAUAUAUAGUAGAAAUAGUCAUUUAUAGAAAAUGCCUUAUAAAGUACAUUGCAGGUACACUGUACUCCUAAUAAAAUAUUUUUUAAUCAA